GUUGCCACUCGGCCUCAGUGUCAGGUGGACGCUUGGAGCGAGUGUAUUGUUCUACGACGCCCUCUAUUUUACUCUAAGUCUAACAUGUCAGAGGAAACCAACGGUCAAGAAAAUGGAGGCGGCUCCGUCCCCGAGAUCGAGCUUAUUAUCAAGGCUUCAACGAUCGACGGGCGCCGCAAGGGAGCAUGCCUCUUCUGCCAAGAGUAUUUCAUGGACCUCUAUCUGCUGGCAGAGCUAAAGACAAUCUCUCUGAAGGUCACCACUGUCGACAUGCUGAAGCCACCCCCAGAUUUCAGGUCAAACUUUGAGGCCACUCCCCCCCCCAUCCUAAUCGACAACGGCUUGGCUGUGCUCGAGAAUGACAAGAUUGAGAGACACAUCAUGAAGAAUAUUCCAGGAGGUCACAACCUCUUUGUUCAGGACAAGGAUGUUGCACAGCGGACUGAAAACGUUUACAGCGUAAUUUGAAUAAUUUUUGUUCUC